AUGGCUCGAAGGCAAACUUCUCCGCUCCUCAACUUACCUUCAAAUAUCUUGGUACGGAUCCUCGUCACCGUCAACGACGCUCAUACUGUCCUCGUCUUCUCUCGCACCUGUCAAAAGGCCCACAGCAUCGUCUUCUCUGGAAAUUCGAGUGAAUUCCUCUGGAAGGAGUACCACCGCCAAAGGUUUAACGAUCCUAACAAGACAGCUCAAGAAAGGAGGUUCUAUGGUCUACUAUGUCGAGGCGAAGAUCUCAAUCCUCCUCAAAGCUGCAGAACGAACUGGCGACAACGCUUUAUGUCUAAAAUGAAGGCCUUGAAAACCAUUGACGACUUCCAUAACACUGCAUCUCUCAUUCGAACGACGACGCAAGCCCUCGAGGAGAUCGCGCUCAUGUUGAUGAAUCUUCCUGUCUUUAGGGCACCCGACUUGGACUUGGACUUCACGCUUGUGGGUAGAGCUCUCUCCGAUUAUCCGUUCAGCCAUCCGACUUGCGAGGUACCCCGCGACUCAGCGCUCCUCCGCAACAACCUCGAGUACCAGACGCUGUAUGACAGGUACCAGAAUCACUACGCUAGACUACUUUGCCUGACGUCGAAACAGCUGGAGCAGUACCGAGCGAUUAGGUCAAGGGGCCGCAUAGUACCUCAGGAAUGGGACGACGUACGCACGGAGGCGCGCUGCUUCGUCUAUAACUCCCCAAACUAUUCCCCAGCAACAUUUUGGGGACCUAUAUUUGUAGACAGAACAGCCGAUUGGUUAGAUAUCAAGUAUAUCAUGACGAUCGUCUGGAUGGCAGCGUUGGAGGUACCCCAGUUCGUAAUCGAAACUCCGUAUCUUCCACCUGUAGGCCUGUCCGGCAUUCGACCUCGAUCAGCCCCUGGACCGUACAAUCCUGCCGAUUGGGCUGGAGUUGAAGGUAGAAACCACAGAUGGCGUUGA